AUGUUAAAUUUCAACUAUGUUAUGGAGACAACAGUUAAAAUUAUUAAUUCCAUCCGAGCCAAGCCCCUACAAAGAAGAUUAUUUCGACUUUUUCUAGAACAAGUCGAUGCAAUCUAUGGCGAUCUACCUUUACAUUGUGACAUAAGAUGGUUAAGCAAGGGAUUAAUUCUCAGUCGUUUCAGAGAAUUAUUAUCAUACAUUAAAGAAUUUUCUAAAGAAAACAACAAGAAUUGGCAUUUUCUUGAAAAUCCUGAUUGGCUAAUAAACUUGGCAUUUUUAACCGAUAUUACCAGCAAACUAAAUGAACUCAAUUUAGAAUUACAGGGAAAGAAUAGAUAUAUUAUCGAUAUGAUCAGUUCAAUAAAUGCUUUCAUAAUGAAGUUGGAAUUAUGGAUAUCUCAAAUCAGAAAAGAAAAUUUUACCCAUUUUCCUAACAUUGAAGAUGAAUUCACAAAACAACUUGUGAAUAAAAAUCAUUAUGUCAAUGAAUUUGCUAUGGUACUAGAAAAAAUAAUGAACGAGUUUAAUAACAGAUUUAGCGAUUUCAAGAAAAUUACUAUAUUAUGCAGUUUCUUUGUUUCUCCGUUCAUGGAUGUAGACAUCGAAAAUAUUUCAGAAGAAUUUAGCAAGAUUUUUGACGUUGAUCGAAGAAAAAGUCAAAUAGAAAUUAUAAAUCUAAAAAAUGACAUCACUUUAAAAUUACAUUCAAAUGUCAACAUGUGGAAAUUUAUGUCUCAGGAAAAAUAUCCAAUUUUGAUUGAUUCGUAUCAACGAAUUCUUUCAUGCUUUGGAAGCACAUAUUUAUUCGAAACAUCAUUUUCAAGUAUGAAAAUGAUAAAAUCUCAAUACAGGACACGUUUAACGGAUGACCAUCUUGGGGAUUGCAUGAGAAUAGCAAUAAGCUUAUACGAGCCAGAAUUUGAAAUAAUCGCAAGUGAAUUACAAUGCCAAAAAUCGCAUUAA